AUGGAUGCUGACACUAAAGGGAUCUUUGAUGCUUGUGUUGCCAUGGUUAAAAACUUGAAUGUAUCAGAAUGGAGGGGGGUUCCUCUUAAGAUGAUUGAACUUGGACCAAACGGCCUUGCAAACAACCAGGUAAGAGCUGUUCGACACCACAUUGCAGCCAAAACAGAUAUUUGUGUGGCUAAUCUAGUCGAACAAGUUGAAAGAACCUGGGAUGAAUUUGUGGAAGCACUGAACAAAAAGAUAUUGGUCUUGGCUCCUUGGUGGUUAUGA